CCCCCGAGCAGCGUGUCUCCUCCCCCCGCAACCUCUUCGCCUCGCCUCUCGGUGCCUGUCCCCGCCCCCGCCGCUGCGCGGAGCCACGAGCCGCUGACAGGGCUGGGCUGCUCCGGAUCAUGGCGCCGUUGCUGCUCCUGCUGGCGCCCGCGCUCCUGCUCUUCUACCUGGGCUUCGUGCGGCGCUGCACCAGGAUCCCCCCCGCCGCCUUCCACCGCCGAGAGCCCGGCCGGGCCGGGGACAGCGGCCACGAGCCGCCGCGGGACGGAUGGGGUCCCCGAAUGUCCGGCUUUCCGCUGCGCCUCUUCGUCCACCUGGCUAACACUGCGUUUGGGCAGUUUUGUGUAAUGCCACUUUUAUUGAGGAUGAAUAAUUUCACUCUCCUGCACUACCUUGAUAUCCAUGAAGACCCCACAUUUAUUCCAGAGGUUGCUGCUGAAGGAAGAAAGGAAAAGCCUGAGACUAAAAGCACCUCGGAAAUUCUCAAGCAGUUGAUGGAGACAAGGCCUAAUCCUGCCAAUAGUGGGUUCAGUUUCAAAGGGAUCCAGGACUAUCUGAACUGCUAUCGGACUGGGGAGUUGACCCCCAUGCAGGUUGCUAAGAAUAUUAUCGCUUCACUGGAGGACUGUGAGAAAUCUAGCCCGCCUCUCCGAGCAAUUGUGCAGUGGGACCGGGCACAGAUACAGAGGAUGGCUGAAGCCUCCACUACUCGUUACAAGAAUAAAAGCCCCCUUUCUCUCCUGGAUGGAAUCCCAGUCUGCUUGAAAGAAGAGAUUAAAGUUGUGCCUUACCACCACCGAGUGGGAACAGUGUACCUAGGGACAGAGCCAGAGACUGAAGAUGCUACAGUAACCAGGAAGCUGCGGGAGGCGGGAGCGAUCAUUAUCGGGGUUUCAAACAUGCAUGAGCUAGGAAUUGGCACCACUGGCUGUAACCCCAACCGACUCCAUGGCACCACUAGGAACCCAUACAACCCCCAGCACUUCACUGGCGGCAGCUCCAGUGGAGCGGCUGCUUCCGUGGCAGCAGGUCUUUGCCCACUGGCUAUUGGUUCCGACGGAGGAGGCUCUGUGAGGAUUCCUGCUUCCUUCUGUGGUGUUGUGGGACUGAAAGGUACAUUUGGGCGCAUCAGUGCUCACGGCUGCCUUCCGCUCUCCUACUCCACCGUCAGCCUGGGCCCCAUUUGUGCAUCCGUGACAGAUGCAGCCAUUGCCUAUAGCAUCCUGGCUGAGCCAGAUCCACUAUACCCCUAUGGACUACAGCAGCCAAAAGCAUCCCUGUCGGAAAUCCUCACUCCUGACCUCAAAGGCUUAAAACUGGGAGUGGACUGGAUGUUUUUUAAGGCUUGUGAUGCAGAAGUUUUGGCAGUCUGCCAGAAAGCUGUCGAGUACCUGCAGACUUUAGGUGCCUCUGUAGUUGACGUGUCCCUGCCAGAGAUGGAGGAGGUGCGGGUGGCGCAUGUGAUCUGCAUUCUCUCUGAAAUGAGGGAUUUCCUGCAGCCUGACUUCAACACCCAUUUCCACCAAAUGAAUCUGGAGACUCGGCUCAACCUUGCUUUGGCUUCCCAGUUCACAGCUCUGGAUUACAUCAAGGCAAAUCGGCAGAGGACUCGGAGCAUGAGCUUUUUGCGAGAUAUCUUUGCCAACGUGAACUGUAUCCUCACCCCAGCCACUGCUUGCACUGCCCCAAGAAUCCACAGCUCCGACCUCUUGACUGGGAACAAUGAUGUCCCCACAUUACUCCGGACCAUGAGAUACAUGCAGCUUGGAAACUUCACAGGCAUCCCGGGUCUGGUGGUGCCAGUUGGAUACGCUGCCAGUGGGCUUCCUAUCAACUUUCAGGUCAUGGCGAAGUGGUGGGACGAGGCAAUUCUUUUCCGGGUUGGCCUGAAGCUGGAGCACUUCCGUGACACAACCAGGAAGCCGGCCAUUUAUUACGACAUCCUCGCGUGACGAGAGCCCCAGGAGAGAGAUGCGGUGAUUGUUCUGGUUACCAGGGAAAGGAGUUGUUGCUUUUAACACUGAUAUGCACGUGCAGGGCUGUUUACAGAGUGGAAGAGUAGAGUUUAUUUUAAGGCGAUAGUUAUUCCCCUGCAAGGUCAGUGCUGAGCUCAGGUGCAGUGGCUCACUAUGUAUGGUUAUGGGGGUAGUGGGUGGACGCAGAAACAAACAUUAGGAGUUACACUGAUAGGACCAACCUGGACUGUUCUCAUGACCAUCUCCUUAGUUUAGGCUGCCCUAGUAAAAAAAAUCAGCUCCCACAGCCUUCCACGAUUGGCAGAAAGCGACUCAUGGUCCUUGACUAAAUCCUUUUGCCCUAGU